AUGGUCAAAGUCAGCGCUGUCCUGUGUGGCGUUCUCGCAUGCGGGCUUGUUGAUCCAUGCCUUGCUGGAGACGAUAAAACAACAACUGUGAUCACCUACCCGAUCUACCAUGAGUGGAAUGAAGGUUCUUCCAACAUGACUGUGACCCUGGGCGUUAUCAAUGCCGACUAUGCGUGGCAACACGCUAACAACACACUCGACAAACGUACCGGUAUUACCAUCACGCAGGUCGUGACCACCAUCAAGAACGGUGCCCAGAACAUCGCUACAGUCAAAGCAGCCAAAGAUAUCUAUGACUUCAUUGCUGGAAUCAUCAAGUCAAAGGCGGAUGUGAGUUCAUGCGCCAUCACCUAUGGCACCGAUGCAGGUGAUGGAUUGGUCUAUGGUUACGCCUACCAGACGACAACUACCGGUUCAAAUUGCGGUAGCACGGCCGAGAAGAAGACAAUCGUUGAUGCGUGGGUUGCUGUGCUUUCUACCAUGGUGGGACCUGGCACGGUCACCUACGACUGA